UUCAUUGUUUCUUGAACAAGCCCAGCACAUUUUAAAGAUAUUUAUAUAUUCGCGUAUUCUGGUGUAUUCUCGUGUAUUGUCAGUGAGACUGCACCAAGCCCAGCACAUUUUAAAGAUAUUUAGAUAUUUGCGUAUUCUGGUGUAUUUUGGUGUAUUGUCACUGAGACUGGACCAAGCCCAUCACAUAUUGGAAAUAUUUAUAUAUUUGGGUAUUCUGGAGUAUUCUCGUGUAUUGUCAUUGUGAAUACACCAAGCCCAGCACAUUUUAAAGAUAUUUAUAUAUUAACGUAUUUCUCGUGUGUUGUGAUUGUGAAUAUACCAAGCCCAGCACAUUUCAAAGAUAUUCAGAAAUUAGCGUAUUCUGGUGUAUUUUCGCGUAUUGUCAGUGCGAAUACACCAAGCCCGGCACAUUUCAAAGAUAUUUGUUUAUUUGCGUAUUCGGGUAUAUUCUCGCGUACUGCAAGUCAGAAUACACCAACCCCAGCACAUUUUAAAGAUAUUUCUACAUUUGCGUAUUUUCGUGCAUUCUCGUGUAUUGUCGGUGAGAAUACACAAAGCCCAGCAGUUCUUAAAGAUAUUUAUAUAUUUGCGUAUUCUGGUGCAUUCUCGUGCGUUGUCAUUGUGUAUAUACCAGGCCCAGCGCAUUUUAAAGAUAUUCAGAAAUUAGCGUAUUGUGGUGUAUUCUCGUGUAUUGACAGUGAGACUGCACCAAACCCUCCAGAUUUUAAAGAUAUUUAUAUCUCUGCGUAUUCUGGUGCAUUCUCGUGUAUUGCCAGUGAGAAUACACGAAGCCCAGCAGAUCUUAAAGAUAUUUAUAUAUUUGCGUAUUCUGGUGUAUUCUCGUGUAUUGCAAGUCAGAAUACACCAAGCGCAGCACAUUUUGAAGAUAUUAGUAUAGUUGCGUAUUCGGGUUUAUUCUCGUGUACUGUCAGUGCGAAUACACCAAGCCCAGCACAUGUCAAAGAUAUUUAUAUAUUUACGUAUUCUGGUGUAUUCUCGUGUUUUGCAAGUGAGAAUACACCAAGCGCAGCACAUUUCAAAGAUUUUUAUCUAGUUGCGUGUUCUGAUGGAUUCUCGUGUAUUGUCAGUGCGAAUAUACCAAGCCCAGCGCAUUGUAAGGAUAUUUAUAUAUUUGCGUAUUCUGGUGUAUUCUCGUGUCUGGUCGGUGAGAAUACAUCAGGCCCAGCUGGCCCAGCAAAUGUUAUGGCAAUUCGUAUAUUUGCGUAUUCUGGUGUAUUCUCGUGUAUGGUCAGUGAGAAUACAUCAGGCCCAGGAAGCCCAGCAGGUGUUAUGGCAUUUCAUAUAUUUGCCUAUUCAUGUGUAUUCUCGUGUAUUGUCAGGUAG